UUCGAUGUGUGAUUGAUGUGAUGAUUUUUCUAUUUAGUUUUUGCUUAAUAUGCACAUAAAGAUAAUAAGAAUUAUUACGAGUCUAAGUGCCUCUUGAUUUUGUUUAUAAUUUACUUUAAUCUGAAUAUAAAUGUAUAUGUACUUACAUGUACAUAUAUAUGUAUAUAUUUCUAUAUAUAUGCAUGUGUAUAUAUACACGUGGGGAUUGUGAUAAUGAUAAUGUCUGUAGCUACGACACUCGCUUUGAUUUUUACUGUUUUUGCCUCCAUUUGUAUUGUUGCUGCGAUUAUUUUGUUAGGUUGGUUCUUAAUUUGGAAAACAUUUCUAUCAAAAUUCCGUUUGGUACGUGAAUUGUUGGGCCAUUCGAACAGUGAAGAAUCUGAACCUACUGUUGGUGAGAGUAACUUAAGUUCAGCCGCUCAAUCUCAUCUUAAGGCAAGAAAAUUGCGUAAAGAUUAGUAAUACUCGCAUAACAAGCGGAAC